AUGUCCGGACAAAGUGGAGGCGGUGACGGCGGUGGCAGUGGAAGAAUUCGCUUAGCAAAUUUAAAUGACCAGUUGACAUGUAAAUUGUGUAAUGGGUAUUUUAUCGAUGCUACAACAAUUAUUGAAUGCUUACACUCGUUUUGCCGCAGCUGUAUUGUCAAGUAUUUGGAGAGUAAUAAAUAUUGUCCAAUAUGUGAGGUCCAAGUACAUAAAAGUAAACCGUUACUUAACAUAAGACCUGAUCAUACAUUACAGGAUAUUGUUUACAAGUUGGUGCCCGGAUGUUAUCAAAAUGAAAUGCGUUGUCGCAGAGAAUUUUACGAAAAACACCCCGAUGCUCAGCUAUCAACAAUGUCACCGGAGGCUCGCGGUGAGCCAAUAGAAUCUCACAUCUACUCUCCCGACGAAGUGCUGACUCUAUCGCUAGAGUAUUACAAUCCUAAUUACACCGACACCGCAGGCGUUGGAGUAGUGAUACCUCUGAACGAAACAAAAGAAUUAACAGCAGCGUCAAUAUCAUCAAGCGCGGGGUCAGCAACUGGUAUCGGGUCGAAUGAAACCUUGCCGCGACGGUACCUGCGCUGUCCCGCAGCAGUAACAGUGUUUCAUUUGCAAAAACUAAUCCGCGCAAAAAACGGUCUUAGCGACGUGCAUCGCGUGGACAUAAUGUACAAAGAGGAGUCGCUGUGCGGUAAUUACACCCUGAUGGACGUGAUGUAUAUCUACCACUGGAGACGAAAAGUCCCUUUGCAUUUGAGCUACCGCAUAUUCGAAUCAUCGCCCAAGCGUCUGAAGCUCUCCGACGACAAUGUUGAGUACCGCGAGUCACUUUCUAAAACUGGAAUUGACUUUGUCCCCACAUCGACGUCUUCGACGUCAACAUCAACUUCGUCUGGCGCGUCAACCUCACCGACGAGUAAAGAUUCUAUCAAGAGCGAGAGCAAAAAGGACGAAUGGAAGGAAGUACAGCUAAAAAUUUCCGAAACUGGAGAAACUAGUGUCACAGUUAUCACCAAUUCGGAUUUGAAAAAAUUGUCUAAAUCAGGAUCUGCUACUUACUCGCGUGCUAGUGAUUCCCAGAAUAAAAAUUCAGUCAAGGCGGAACCGGCUGUAGACUCGAAUUCCAAAAUUAAGAACGAGGAUAAGCCCAAGGAUAAAUCCUCGGAAGAAUCUAACAGCAAACCCAACAACAAUGAAGCAUCUGUUAAGCCAGAGAAAGACAAGAAUAAAAAUGACAAAAGCGAAGCAGCUUCUACAACUGCUGGUGGUUCUAAAAUAGAUGCGCUGAGUGUUAAAUUACAAUUCCAGCCGAAAGUAGGCCAGGUUAACAACACCUACUCCAAAAGAACACCAAAAGACAAGUCUAAAGUUACGAUUACUGAAAAUAAAUUGCUAAAAAAAUCAGACGCGCGAUUGUUGACCGAUGGCCAAAAAGCAAAAGCUGGUGAGAAAAAUCGUGGAGCUGCAAGUUCAAGCACACCUACGACGACCAAUACGAAGCCUCUGACGUUUACUCUGGUAUCGUUUCCUCCCCAAAAAAAUACAGACGGGGACAAGGAACCUCCUGCGAACAAGCGCAAGAAUGAUGUGAAUUAUAAUCAAAGAUCUGGAUUAACAAUAACGACAACAACUUGCACUUCUUCAUUUUCUUCUAUUUGUACUGUGGCGAGUGGAAAAAAUUCACGGCAAAAUUCAUCAAAUGAAGCUAGCGCUGAAGCGAGUACGCACGCCCAGAAAAGUUCACACCCUCUUUUUCCGUACACUGUUCAAGAUUUAGUGUCUAACGCUAAAAAAUCGGGUACGAAACCAAACGAAUCGCCGCUGCACACUCCUACUGUCACUUAUUCAAUAACAACAGCCUCUACGACGACAUCGUCUUCGAGCUCUGGAAGUGGAGGUAAGACUCCAAUUUACACGAGUCCAUGCAAUAACAAAAGCAACGAUGUAAAUAGUAAUUCAAGUAAAAUAAAUAGUAAUAGUAGUAGUAAUAGUAUUAAUAAUAUAAAUCAAAGUGGAGGAAGCACGAUAAUAGUGCCCCCUUGUCCCGAUGCGAUACCAAUAGCCCUGAUGAAGCCGACGGUUCGUAAGACAGAGAUACUUACCAAAGGAACAAAUCUCAAUGAGAUAUGCGCUAAAAUUGGUGGUAAUGCCGCUGCUUCGUCAACAAACACAUCGUCUGCGUCUACGGGAGCAACUCCUUCGUCAUCUUCAUCGCCUUCAGGCUCGAAAAUAAAUGAUAUUUGUGCUAAAAUCGGUGAAAAUACCAAGGAGAAAAAUAGCAGACUAGAAACAAAAUCACGUCCUGAGAUUCCGGAUUUGCUUAAGAUUACCAAGAAAUCAAUGUCAUCCACUAAUACUAAUGAUAUCAACACCAAUGCGCUGAUAAAGCAUAUCGCUAAUAUACCCAAUAUACCAAUUUACACACCAAGCUUGUCAGUAUCUGAAUUAAGGAACAAUUCAGGCAGUGGUAGUACGACCUAUUCGAGAGAUUAUUUAAAAAUGUCACUGUCUACGCCGAGUAUCACUGUGACUACAACAACAUCCACGUCGCCUAGUACUAAUCUUACGCCUACCACGUCAUCUAUCACCAUAACACCAGCUUCUUCUAUGGUUAUCACCGCAACUUCAACUCAGCAACAAAAUACGAGUUUUCAGCGCAAGAGAGCUACGUCGAAGAACAAUACUGGAAACAGCAAUAGUGGCAGUGGAACCAGUUCGAUGAGUAACUACAAAACACUCCGCGAACCACCCAAAUCAUGGAAUCCUUCAUUAUCAAAAAAUAACUACGUUGCUGCGAAGAAUCAAGCUGCUAAGGAAAUGCAGAACCAAACGCAGGCGAUUAAUGCUGGCUCGGAACAAAGUGACGGUAAAUCAAUAGCAUCUAAACCGGCGAAGAUAUUCAAAAUGCGAAACGUACCUAGAUUUUUGGGCAACCCUGCGUCUGGAGUCAAGCCGAUGUACAAUAUCGAGUCUAAAGACAAAGAUUCAUCGUCUUCUUUGUCAGCAACUGGAAACACAAAGUUAAAUUCCAGCGGAUUAAGUAUGACUAAAAUAGAUCCCAAGACACUGUCACCUAUAACGAUAACAUCUCGUGCUAAUACUAAUUCUCCGAUAAUAACACCGCCGCCUUAUUCACCAAAUACAUCGAGUAGUUACCAAAACACCCCGUUUUCACGCGGUGGCGCUAGUGGUAGUACCGCUGGUAGUAAUACCACUGGUAUUAAUACUCCUUUGUCACCACGUAAUUCUCCAGUUAAUUUAUUAUCAACUAGUCCAUUUAUACCUUCACAGACACCAAAUACAAAUCCACGAUUAAUUUACACUCAUUUUCAUCCCUCAGUGCAACCACCACCGCAAUAUUCAAACGCUGACUUGGUUAGGUUCUCAACAAAUCCCUUGAUAAGGACUAAUUUGAGCUGCUUGCCAGCAGCGCCACCUAACGCGGCGUUCCACAGCAGCUUACCACCAGCAAUUAGCAAGUUCUUUCAACGGACCACCAGUUACAUACCACACACCACCACUGUAACUUAUUCUCAGCAAGGAUUAGCGAGUCAGUCGGUGGCUAUUCAGAGAAUAUUGCCUAAUAUUAAUAACUUCACCACUGCUUCUUCAUCUUCGCUAACCUCAACUUCGAGCAAGACAUCAAAAACUACUGCUGUUGCUAAUUCACAGAGCUUCAACUCUGCUAAGACUGAGUCCAACAGAGAAAUCGGUCAUUUAAUAAAAACUACUGAAAAUAGUGCGUUCAAUCUUUCUACUGCGGUUUCUACUGUUUCAACAGUUACUACUACUUCUAGCAGUAGUGUAAGUACCAGCUCGAGUAGUAAUUAUGCCUCGGAUUUGUCGAAAAGCUCGCCUACCAAAGGGUCAGACGCUAAGAGUGGUCAGAGUGGGAGUAAAAAUGUGCCUUGUGACAGUAGUAGUAAAGGUAAAACUGAUGGUAAAGAAGAAAUGAAGAAAGAAGAUAAAGACAAAGAUAAGGAUAAGGAUAAAGAUGAAAGAAAGGAAGAUAAGGUAGAGGAUAAAGGUAAUAAUAAAGACAAAGAUCAUGAUAAAACUGAAGAGGUUAAGGAACAAACUAACCCAGAGGGUGACAAAGCUGAAGAAGAAAUAAACAAAGCCAAGAAAAAGAUUAAGGAUGAGAAGAAACCGAUCAAGAGGCUUAAAAAAGAUGAAGAGGAAGAGAAAAAAAAUGAUAAUGAAAGUAAAGAAGAAGUCAAGGAAGAGUUGAAGGUUAAUGGAAGUUCUACGUCAACUACUAGCGCUUCUGCUGCUUCUGAGUCUGCUGAUAAAAAGGAAGAACAAACGGCAAAAGAUACUAAUUCGGUUAAGGAUGAUACCAAGGCUGCUGUGGCGAGUAAUGAUAAGGAGGAGACGAAUGAAGCUGGUGAUAAGGAAAAGAAAACCACAGAGUUAGAUGAAUCAAAUAACAAAAGUAAAGAAGUUAAAAUUAACAAAUCAGCUCUUAAUAGCGAGUGA